AUGGCGACAGCCGAAGGACUCGGGGCUCAGUGGCCCCACCACGACGAUCGGGCCGACUUGUACGGUGGACCUAACGUCGUCAUACCUCCUAGCCAUUUAAUGGCACCGCCCCCUCGCAACUUACCUCCUACAACAAUGUCAAACCAGCCCGAAGAAGAAGUCGUCUCAUCGGGAGAAGAAUCUCCCCAGGUCGACACUCCCGCCUCUACACCGCCGAUUGUCACUAGCGACGACUUUGCUCUCGCUUUCGAUAUCGAUGGCGUCUUUGUUAAGGGCGGAGAGCCCAUCCCAGAAGCCCUGGAGGCUAUGAAAUAUAUCAAUGGUGAAAACCCAUACGGAAUCAAAGUACCCUACAUCUUUCUCACCAACGGCGGCGGCAAGACCGAAGAAGAAAGAUGUCGCGAUCUCAGUCGCCAACUCGAAUAUGAGGUGGACCCCGGCCAAUUCAUCUGCGGACAUACCCCCAUGCGGGAAAUGGCCGAGCAGUACGGCACUGUCCUAGUCGUCGGCGGAGAAGGCGAAAAGUGCCGCAUUGUGGCCGAGGGAUACGGAUUCAAGGACGUCGUUACUCCCGGAGACAUAAUCAAGACACAGCAAGAUGCGACUCCGUUCCGGAAACUAACGGACGAGGAGUACAAGAACUCCCGAACGCUCGAUUUGGACAGCACUCGAAUCGAAGCGAUCUUCGUCUUCGCUGAUAGCCGUGACUGGGCAGGCGACCAGCAGAUUAUUCUGGAUGUCCUCAUGACGCAAAAGGGACAAUUGAAUACCCGGUCGGAGACCUUCGACGAGGGCCCGCCCGUUUACUUCUCGCACAAUGACGUGUUGUGGUCUACUUCACAUGAGCACUCGCGCAUUGGCAUGGGUGCUCUGCGCGCCUCGCUCGAGGCCCUCUAUAAAGCUGUCACUGGCGGCAAGGAACUCAAAACGGUCGCAUUUGGCAAACCGCAGAUGGGCACGUUCGCAUUCGCCACACGACUCCUCCAAGAAUGGCGCAGUGAGUCCCAUGGCAUCGAUAAGCCCCCAGCCACCGUUUACUUCUUCGGUGAUACUCCCGAGUCCGACAUUCGAGGCACGAAUGAGUUCAACAAGACCUCGGAGGAAACCGAGUGGUACUCCGUCCUUGUCGCGACUGGUGUCUGGCAGGAAGGCACUAUCCCCCGCUUCCCACCCAAGAAGAUCUGCAAGAACAUCUACGAGGGAGUCAAAUUCGCCAUCAACCGUGAGGCACAGAAGCUCCGUGGUCGUGGUGGCUCCUUCAGUAUGUUCACGGAUGAGAUCAAGUCGAUCCAGUUGAACAAAUAA